AAAUAAAGAAAAAGAAAAGAGAAGUUGCCCCAAAUCAUAAAGAAUGUAAUAAUCACAUUCGACAAGGCAAAAGCGAAUUGGGUUUUCCGUUAUCAAAAAAUCUGCAAUCCCAAUUCCAAAUCCAAAGCCUGAGAUCGAGAAUCGGGGUGUGAAAUUCGAUCAAAGUAAGCGCAUGCGUUGAGAAAAAAGAAAGAGGAAGAGAAACGAUCGAUGCUGCGGAAAAUGAUGGGGCCGAAGGGGAAGACGGGCACUAUACCGGUAUACCUGAACGUAUACGAUCUCACCCCCAUCAACGGCUACGCUUACUGGCUCGGCCUCGGCAUCUAUCAUUCUGGUGUUCAAGUUCAUGGGGUUGAGUAUGCAUUCGGUGCUCAUGAGCAUUCAACAACUGGGAUAUUCGAGGUAGAACCAAAGCAUUGCCCUGGCUUCACAUUUCGAAAAUCAAUCUUGAUUGCGAGAUCAGAUUUGGGGCCCAAGGAGGUCCGCGCGCUCAUGGAAAAUCUGGCUCGAGAAUACCCCGGAAAUGCCUAUAAUCUCAUUUCCAAGAAUUGCAACCAUUUCUGCAACGAUGUGUGCCUUCGCUUGACCGGCAAACAAAUCCCUAGAUGGGUCAAUCGCCUUGCUCGACUUGGUUUGUUCUGCAACUGUGUUCUGCCGGUUGGGAUGAAUGAGGUGAAAGUAGGGCAUGUUAGAGGUGGAGAGAAGAACGAGGCGGAGGAGUCGGAGAAGAAGAAGCUGACUAGUCAUCUGACUAGGUAUGCGUCUGCUUCCGAAUCAAAACCAUCGUCCGUGUCUUUAGCUUCUUCGGCCAGGCCAAGUGGCAGACGUCGAAGCGCCCAUUCGAUGUCGCAGCGCAGUUUUUCUUCUCUACCGGAAUGCAUCUCGAAGUGGCAUGUUUCAUGAUAUGAAUAUCUGUAAAAUCUAAUCACACAAACACAUGCAUGGCCAUGGAAUAUAUACAUAUACACACACACACAUUGUAUGAUGAGAGGUUGUAGACUCUUUCCAAAUGUAUUUAUUUAUCUCAUGGGAUUUCCUGUAAAUGUUAUGAUAUGAAAAUUGAAUUUUGAUUUUUCCAA